AGGCGUCGAGCCGAUUGCCUGCAGCAAACCCCGUCGCGGGCGGAGGCUCUCCCGCCCCACCCCCCCGGCUCCGCCUCUCCGGUUGCACGGGCGGCUGGGCGCGAAGGCGCGCGGGUCGCGGCGGCGGGGCCGGGGCCGGGGCCGGGGCCGGGGAUGGCUUUCGAGGCGCUGGCGGAGGCGGCGGAGCGGUGGUGCGCCCGCACGCCCUUCCAGCUUAUCGCCGCCGAGGAGACCGAGCGCCGCAUGGACUUCUACGCCGAGCCCGGCGUCUCCUUCUACGUGCUUUGCCCGGAGGCCGCCUGCGGCGACAAUUUCCAUGUGUGGAGUGAAAGUGAGGACUGCUUACCUUUUCUGCAGCUCGCACAGGAUUACAUCUCUUCCUGCGGGAAGAAGACACUCCAUGAAAUAUUGGAAAAAGUCUUCAAAUCCUUCAGACCUUUACUUGGGCUUCCAGAUGUUGAUGAUGAUGCAUUUGAAGAGUAUAACGCAGAUGUGGAAGAAGAGGAACCAGAAGCCGAUCACCAACAGAUGGGUGUCAGUCAGCAGUGAUUUUCUGAGAAGCUAAAAAAAUGCGGAAGCCUUUGGUACCAGGUGGGGUCAGGUGGUCCCACAUUAGCGUGUUCGAAUUGGCACAUCACAUGGGGAUAUCUGGCUUCCAGGAUAAAGGUUUUACAAAAGGGUUUAAAAAAAUUUAAUAAUAAUAAUAAUCUGUGAUGAGCUUUGCUAAGAAGUGACCUGAAUUUUGCUCCUGCUUCAGUGGGUUUUCUAUGGAGUUGUCUUGGUAGCAUUCUGCCGUUAUCAGCCUAGAAGUAGUUUUGUCGCUGACUUAUCUCUUCGAUUUGUGUUCGAGAGUAGCAUUCACUGACAUGAAUGUAGAGUACCGAGGAUGCAGGAAGUGUGUGGUGAGAGGGCUGAGUCCUCACCAGUGACCUUUCUGAGGAACCAGCGCAGUGAGCAAACACCGCCUGCGCUUUUCUUUUUAGUUAAACAGGGUUUUUGACAAAGUACCAAAAUUGGAGAAAUUUCUCCUGAAAAAACACUAGUUUAAUAGUGGUUGGCACUGCAGAAGUGCACGUGAAGGCUUAACAAAAACAAUGGGAAGGAGGAAACCCAGGGGAGUACUGGUGUCAGACAUAUGGAUGUUGGUUUACUGACACCUGAGUUUGCAAGUGCUGAAUUACUAACUGGGAGUAAUAAGUAUCAGCAGUUGUAACCAACCCUGGUACUCCAACACCAUAUGAUCCAAAGCCAAAUGCUGCUUUCAUACAAAUCAGUUUAAAAAUAGCCAUCGCCUAUCCCACUUCUGCAUGACAACCAACUUCAAGCUUUGCGCUUUUUUAAUACACUGCUAAAUUAUAUCUCAAACCUCGUGGCAUCAUGAACUGAAGUGCAACUUAACUUUGAAGCCAUAAGGGUAUAAACCAGCACCUGGCUCUUGAAAUGCCGGACCUGUUCUUCUCCCUGGGCCUUUUUGCUGAUCCAAGCAUUUACAUCUUGUUGGAGAGGAGCUAAAAUACUACUACUACCUUGGCUGAUAUAAAAACUAAUGAGGUUUUAUUUAGCUGGGAACUUUUUCCCCAGAGGGGUUUGGUGGGGUCUUGGUAUACAGGAGAAGAAGACCCCUUGUAUUUUAUACCUAUUUUGCAUAGAUUUUAGUGACUUAGAGGAGUACCAGACUGUGAAGAUGCAGGGUCUCUUUAUUUACUUGUCUUUUGUACUGAAAAUAUAAGAAGCGAAGGAGAUUCUAUUGUAAUACAGAUGUUUUCCACAAUUGAGCAAAAUGUUUCUAAAUUUACUCCUUUUUCCAAUUUUUAAAAAAUAAUGAAAUGAAGGUCACAUGCUUCAAAAGCCCUUUUAUACAGUAUUAGCUUUAUAAAGCAAAAAGUGAGCGAAGAGAAAAUGCUUGGACAACUUCUAGAAACAACUUGGACCAUUCUGAAAACCCUAUUGUUAGCAAUGUCUCCUUUUCAGUAGAUUUGUUAAAGACUUUCUUUUUAAGGUUACUUAAGAGAGCAAGUUUUCUUGGUGGUUUACAUUUCUGAUGAUGGCUUGAGAGAUGCAUAGCACUUGAUUUUUUUAAUCUGGGGCAAAGACCUUCCAUAACCAGGAUGGUGUGUGAUACCUGAGUAUGCACAAAAGUGUCUGCAACACUGUAAAAGUCAGAGUUUAAGAAUGUCAAAAAAAAGUGGAAGAGAAACAGCUUAGUGCAACUUUGUACAUUCUUUUGGCAUGCAGGCAUAAACAUGGUAGUCACAGCACAUUUUGUAUGGACUAGUGACAUGAGAACUAUGGCGGUUCAUUGUAUAACAUUGUACAGCAGCAAUAGGCUUUUUGCUUACUAAAAUAAAGUGUAAGAAAGACCAGUGGUUUCCAUCCCUGCUUUAAGUCCCUAAGUUUUUCUUUCCUCCCCAGCUAAACCAGAUGCCACAACCUUAAAGAGAACCUUGCUUCGGGAGAACCUUUCUCUUCACAGCAUCCAAUCCUUUGGUUGUGGCUCAUUCAAGUAGAUCUUCUGAGGCUGACUUACCUCUGCUGUAAUGUAAUGCAAGAUAUAAUUUACAGUAGUGCAAGCUGGAGGCAAAGUCCUGCCAUUCACGUUUGCUAGCCACUUGCAACCAUUUUGCUUGGGUGCAGGUGGCUGGCACUGACAUGCAUGUGUAUGCACACACACCAGCACCAGCCCCGGGCAUGGUUGCAUCGUGAGCUGGGCUGUGGGGUUGGUCUGGUUGGGAGAUAACCCUCUGCAUUCUUAUGGACAGGCGGUUUUCCAGCUGGAUCAGUCCCACCACCUGGUUCAGCGAGUGGCUUCACAGAUGAGCACUGGCACAACAGAGGGGAGGCUGCAGGGGUGGACAUGAGUGAUAGCUGAGGGAGGACCUGCAGCUGAAGGUGCCUUGCACCCCUUGCAUGGUAUGAGGGGCCUAUGGCAGAGGUGCAGAUGCAAUCUGAACCAGCCUAAGUGCUGUGAGGAUUGACUUCAGAGGGCUCAGUGGGGAGAACUGGGCUCUGGGUGGCAGGAUAGGCAGGAAGUCCUGAAAUGAGGAAGGACUAAGAUCUAGUGCUUCUAAUUGCAUAAAGGAUGUUGAAAUAUUUACUGCACGCUGCUACCUUUCCAUGCAUAUCAGUUGGAUUGUUCGUGAGCAGUUGAAUGUUAAUAUGGUUGCAAAAACAUAACACUGUAAAUUAUGUAGAUAUAUUAUUUUCUGUAUUCACUAACUCACUUUUGUUUUUGGAAUGCCAUAUGUCAUUUGGGUGACUUCCACACCAGACUGCAAGUACUGGACAGCCGGGGGGCCCUUCUGCAGCACUCACCCCUGCAAAAUUCCCAUUGAAGCCAGCAAGAUUGUGUUCAAAUGGGACCUGCGGGAUCAGGUGCGCCAAGGAAUGCAUGAGGCUUGGUCCUGCAGAAAGCUGAGCCUUCUUGUCCCCUCUCAUUUUGCUGGGAACUGAAUGUAUUGAGCCCUGCUGCUGAACUGAUGCAUGACCAGGCAGCACUGAGAAUAAAGAAUUUUCUACAUAGAAAA